GGCCCCGGGGACGGACACCACCCAUCAGUUUGACUGUUAUCCAGCUCACGCUCUGUUCUGCUGUUCCUUCUCCCUUCUUCUUCUUUCAGGAGGUCACAGAGCUGCAGAACACAGGUCAACAUGGACGCCCACACGACUCCUGCACCAGCAACUCAAACGUCGACUGAAACGUUCCCAACGUUUCCAGGCCUGGUGACCAGGAUUGGGAAGAGAGAUCUCUACAACAGUACAGAAGAUUUUGCGGCUCUUAUUGGUGGAAUCGUCUCUGUUGUGCUGCUGAUCUUCCUCUGUACGAUCACCGUCCUGCUGUGGUGUCUGUCCAGACAAAAAGGCUCAUAUUCAACCAACGAGACAGACGAAGACGAUGACGCAGACAUUGAAGACGACGAGUCCAUUGGUUCUGAUGUUGCACUUCAGUCCAAGGAGCCUCUGAAGGCAGAUAAAGAAGACUAAAGUGGAUUUUCUUCCCCCAAUAUAAGAACUGAUCUUUGUAGAUUUAUUGUGUGAAAGGACAAAUGAAAUUGUAAGGAAAUUUUAGUUUCUUAUACGUAGCUGAUUUUGUAAACUGAACUGUUCACAUAGACAUGACUGACUGGUAAUGAGACAUGGUUUUACUCACCCGUUUGUGGUUUGUUUUAUUUAUUUAUUGCAACUUUAUGACAAUCCAAACUCCAGUGAAACUGCUUUUGUUACGUAUUUAAAUAUUCAUGUUUGUGGUAAACUUUGCCUCUCAUAGAAAUGCAUGAGUGCAUUUGCAGGAAGAGGAAUUGGAAGAUGCAUUUACAUUAUCUCCUUGUCAGGAAGCUUUUAUAACCUGCGUCUUAGUAAAGAUAAACUAUUUUUUUAUUAUUCUGCCUACAAAGAUUGUGUUUUUUUCCCAUUAAAUCAUUUACAGUUAAACUAUUUUGAUUUGUUGUAUAUACUUGUAUAUGUUUGAC